AUGGAUGUGCAAAGUUACAUUACGGAGACCGAAAGUUUUCUAACGAAAUUAGAUCCCAUUAAACUGACGUACAUCAAUCCUAAGGGUAUCUUCAUCGAUAAGUUGUCGUUCGACUACCAUUCCGAUUCCUACUUUUGCUCCCUGGCUGCAUCCUACGUCGCUACGUUCAAGUGUGGAAUUUCCGAGGAUCAUCUUACGAAUACGUAG